CAUGAAGGCAUUCUGCUGGAGAUGUUUUGCGAAACUUUAAGGAUGAUAUACCUUGGAUGUUUCCUGUUGCUCUGUGGGCUUACGCAUGCCAUGGCAAGUUAUCCCAUCUGGUGGUCACUAGCAGUGGGCCACCAGUACUCAUCACUGGGCACUCAACCUAUCCUAUGUGGCAGCAUCCCAGGUCUGGUGCCCAAACAGUUGCGUUUCUGCCGGAACUACGUGGAAAUCAUGCCCAGCGUGGCGGAAGGGGUCAAGAUUGGCAUCCAGGAGUGCCAGCACCAGUUCAGAGGCCGACGCUGGAACUGUACCACAAUCAAUGACAAUCUGGCCAUUUUUGGGCCAGUGUUAGAUAAAGCCACUCGAGAGUCAGCAUUUGUUCAUGCUAUUGCCUCAGCUGGAGUGGCGUUUGCGGUGACCCGUGCUUGUGCCGAGGGUUCAGCCACCAUCUGUGGAUGUGACACACGCCAUAAGGGCCCCCCUGCUGAGGGAUGGAAGUGGGGUGGCUGCAGUGAGGAUGUGGAGUUUGGGAGCAUGGUGUCCCGGGAGUUUGCUGAUGCGAGGGAGAAUCGUCCUGAUGCACGCUCAGCCAUGAACCGCCAUAACAAUGAGGCAGGCAGAAUGUCCCUCAACGACAACAUGUUCCUGAAGUGUAAGUGCCAUGGGCUCUCGGGCAGCUGUGAGGUCAAGACAUGCUGGUGGUCUCAGCCUGACUUCCGAGUUAUCGGUGACUACAUGAAGGAUAAGUAUGACAGCGCAUCUGAGAUGGUGGUGGAGAAACAUAAGGAAUCCCGUGGAUGGGUUGAGACCCUGAGACCCAAGUACAACUACUUCAAACCCCCCACAGAGCGAGACCUGGUUUAUUAUGAAAGCUCACCCAAUUUCUGUGACCCUAAUCCUGAGACCGGCUCCUUUGGCACCCGUGAUCGCAUCUGCAACCUGACAUCCCAUGGCAUUGAUGGGUGUGACCUCCUCUGUUGUGGCAGAGGCCACAACACCCGGACUGAGAAGAGGAAAGAGAAGUGCCACUGUAUUUUCCACUGGUGCUGCUAUGUCAGCUGUCAGGAGUGUGUGAGAGUCUACGACGUGCACACCUGCAAAUAA